GAUCUUAUUUUCUCAACUUUCAAAGACAAGAUCAAGUUUUCGAGUACUUGAUUUCUCGUGUGCUCUUAUCAACUUCUCUUUCUUUUUCUUGUAACUAAAAUUCCCCCUUUAGCAUUUCUUAAGACGAGUUGAAUCUCCUCAGCUUUCUUGGGCACUAAACACUGUUGUUUUUAGAUGUAAAUUCUCACUAAAGAUUCACAGUCUUCUUGAAAAAUAAUGUAAAACCAACCCCAAAUAAAGGACCCAAAAUGAAACACCCACAUUUGUUUGAAAAGUUAUGUUUGCUGAUAAUAUGAAAAAUUUCGGGGUUUUUUCUUCAUUCUAGGGGAGAUUUAUUCAUAUGUAUUUUCUAAUUUGCCAAGAGCUAAAACAUUUUAAGUUAGUGGGAAGAUUUUGAUGAGGACAUCAAAGCACCAUUCAUUAGGCUUUGGUUGGAGGAGGGAGGCAAACUGCCUUAGUGGGAAUUUAAAUGCUGCCAACUCUCUACGAAGCUCUGAGUUCUAACAUGAACUGGUCAAAGCAUCCAAAAUCUGUGUUGAUUAUGGACGAGGUUGAUGGUAUGUCUGCUAGUAUUAAGAUUUCCAAAAUUCCUAUCAUUUGUAUCUGUAAUGACCGCUACAGUCAGAAGCUAAAAAGUCUUGUUAACUACUGUUUGCUUCUCAACUUCAGGAAACCUAUGAAACAACAGGCUUGCUUCUUAAAGGUGUCACCGAAGCAGUAGAAGAAGAAGCAGAAGCGGUAGGUAUGUAUGUACAUGCUUUUCCCUUGUCAUUCUUGGCUCAAAUACAUUCAGGCAAUCUUAGUUGUCUAGAAAACAUUACAAAUGCCACAUAUUUUGUGUAUAGACCCAGUACUGAUUCGAUAAAUACCCCCAUAAGUUGUGCUUUUAGCCAUAUAAUAAUUCUAAACUAACAGUCCCCAAAAGAAAAAUGGUCAAUGGCCCACAUUUGGUUAGAGGAGGAGAAUAAAUUUAGGCUAGGAUUACCUCAAAAAAUAAAAAUCUUUUUGUCAACAUCAAAUAUUGCAUUGCUCAAAGUAAUGAUUCACUUGGAUUGGAAUUGCUUAAAGUUACACAUGCACAUGUUCCUUUUGUGAGACUAUUUUGUUGGUCUACUCUUUCCAAAUGAGCAUUAGGGAAAAGAAAGACUAUUUUGUUGGUUUGCUCUUUCCAAAUUAGCAUAAGGGAAAGGAAAGGUAUCUUCUUCUUCUUCUUUUUUUGGGUGGACGUAAGGUCCCCAGAUUUAUGGAUGGGGUUUAGAAUCAAUGUUCAGCUUAUUCAGUGAACCACUACUGCUUGAAUUUGUAUUAACAGCCCAAUUUCUGUUCUUGCACCACUAUUACAAAUCAUCUUGACUCAUUGGUAUCUCAAAUAUUUAAACUGACUUUUUUUAAUAAAUAGUUUCUACCCAUGUUAUGUGGGUCCUUCAAAAGUGGAGUACCUGAGUUGGAUACUCAAACAGCAGGAUAAGGUAUGGAUAAGAGACCUGCCUUCACAAGACUUGAAAUGCAGAUCCAUUCUGUUUUUAAACUGUUGAGCUAUCAGUUAUUUAGAAUUUUAAAUGAAUAUUACCAAUUGGGUUGCAAGUCCAGCUUGCUUGAUAUUGUUGGGGCAUCAUUUGAACUUGGCUAUCUUUUUUGAACAGUAACACAAGAAAAUUUUAUUAGAACAACUGAAAAGAGGGAAAAAUGAGAAUAAGCAAUGUGGGAUGAAGAGAGAUCAUUGCAUUCACCCCUAAAGAUGGCAUUAAGGAAGAAAAAGACCCAACAACCCAAUAAUUCCUCCUUUUUUACUUCUAAACUGUAGGCAAACCCAUUGCCCAAGACGGAUCCAACUGUUUAGCUUAUGAAAGAUCUCUUCCACAGAUUCCAAGCAAUUGCUGAAGUACCUGUUGUUUCUUCCUUUCUAGAUUGACCACAGCACUGCUAGAAAGGAGAGACACCAUAUAAAUGUUUUCCUUUUGCCUUUCUUUCAUCUGUUCUAGGCAAGGUAGAAAGCAUCAAUCAAACAUGGUGCAAUCCAUAACAUGAUUAUCUUAUGAGUUCUGACCAAUCCCUUGCUGUAUUUGUCAUGAAAAUUUGGAUUUAGGGGAUCCGCCGUACCUGAUCUUUGCUGUAUCCAU